AUGACCCGCAACAACUCGCGCCGCUCGAAGCGUAACAGCCGGCCCAACAGCCCGACUGCCUCUUGUCCAGGCAGUCCUGUCCCGACUCCCUCUUGUCCAGGCAGCCCUGACCGGACACCCUCUCGUCCCAGCACCCCCGCCAGCCCCGUCUCCAUGAACCGCCCGAGCAGUGGUCUCACCACGUCGACGAUUAACUCGCCCACCGUUGUGGCCAACAUGUCGAGCCGCUCUGCCAACCACGUCAAGAACGAUAACACCACGGACGAAGACAACCCCAACCUCCAACUACAGGCUGCCCUCACCGCCGCCCUGGCCAGUAUGGACAUGAACAGCAACGCCGAGCUAGUCCAGACCGCCCUGGACGGGGGAAACAUGUACGACGAGUUUACGCGUCUGUUUGAUGAGGGAAUUACGCAGCUCUUUGAUGCGGCCGCGGGCGAGGAGGGGGCGGCCGAGCUCGAGGUGGCUUCAGAAGAGCUUUAUGCUGCUUACAAGGUUCAUUGUGAUGCUUUUAGCUCGUUUGACCAGGAUAAGGCUGGGGUGGUCCAGAAACUCCUUGUUGCACGCGAAAAGGAGUCGGCUGGGUUUAUGGCCAUGAUCAAGGACAAGCACGCCGCCCGUCUUCGCGAUCUCACUUCCAAGGUCCGCACCCUGCAGGAGAACGGGAUGCGCCUACAGAUGGACGUGCGUGAGUGGAAGCACCUCUGUGACAAGCUUCGUCGCGCUUAG